AUCAAAAUUCGAUAACGUCUCAGACAUGUAACGAGGGAGGAAAAGUUUCAUCUGGAACAACCCAUAAACAAAUAUAGUACCUGCUCAUAUUCAAGCUAUUUACAUUCCGAGUAAACUUAAAUCGAUGUCGUUUAAAAAUUCUUAAUAUCGUCAUGUAUGCUUUGGUGAAACCUGGGAAAACUUCGUCGUCGCGACAGCGCAACAAUUUACAACAAAAUGAAAUAAAAAAAGAGCCCAUUAUUGAUCCUGGAGAUUUUAGUCAAUUAUCAGAUUCAGACGAAGAUUCUGUGACCGAAAUUGUAAGCAAAUAUUUAGCUAAAAGGAACAUUGAGAGUUCUUACAUUACUAAACAAAAAGUGACUAAUAAAAAUGUUAUGGAAUAUAUAAAUAUGCGUUUUGUUCAAAGCAAUUUUAGAACUUUAGGAUUUCAUGAUCCUAAUGAUCAAAAUCUACCAGAAACAUGGGAACAAUUCCUUGAAUUCGAGGAAUGGUUAAAAGAAUUACCAGAAAAUUAUCAAAAGCAGCUUAAACAUAUACGAUUUCCAUUAUUUUGUCAUCUUUAUUUAAAUCUUCAUUCAAAAUACAGUAUUGAAGAUUUAUCAAGUUUUUUAAAAACAUUCAAAUAUUUAUUUCAAAGUAAAAAAUCAAUAUCAUUUCUUAAAGAAUUGUUGAAAAUAAAUGAAACUAACAAUAUGAACAAGAUAAAAAGUAUUACAAAAUUUAGAAAAAACAAAUAUAUUUUUUACACAGAUGAUAGUUGUUAUAUGUGUUUUUGUGAUUUUCUUGAAAAUCACCAUAUUAUAAGAAAUGUAAUUCAUGAAUGGUUUGAAGUGAAUUAUAUUACUAACAGUAAUCAUGAAAAAGCUGUAGAAGAAUUUUUUGAAAAAAAUAUUGUGGAAGGAUCAACUUCACUUGAUAGCAAUAUUGUAGGAGAAAAAAGAAAAUUAUGUGAAACAAUAGCAGAACAGAACUCUAGCACUUCAAAAACAGAAGAUAGUGGAAAUAUAAACCAUAUAGAUGAGUUAAAUAAAAAAAGAGUCUCUGACAUUUGUUCUUAUACAGAAACUGAUAAUACAGAUAAAGACAUAAUCAAAACUUCAAAAGAUUCUAUUAAUACAAAUAUGGAAAAUUUGCUAACAAACGUAAAAAGAUCUUCAAGCAAACAUACAAAACAAGUCAACAAACAUCAAGCCAAUGAACUUCUAAAUGACUCAACUAAAAUUAAAUUUAAAACUAUAAAAGAUCACGAAUGCACAGUUUUCAAAAAAUUUAAAAAUGACUCUAUAAUAUCUAAUGAAGGAAAUAAAUCUUGUCCGGAGGAAUUUCAGUAUGAUGAUAAAAAUCCAGAAAAAUCAAAAUAUCUUGAAAAAUUUGCUAGUGAUAAAAGUUCAAAAAAGAAAAAAAAAUCAUCUAGGAAAGAAAAAAUGUCUUCACAUUCCAAACAACAUUCUGCUAGCUCAAGUAAAACUUUAUUAGAAAAAAAACAGUUGAAAACCAGAAUUAGGCAAAGAAUUUAUGAGGAUAGACCUUCAAAGAGAAGUUCCAGAAUAAGCAUUAUUGUUGGAAAAGAUGGAAAUAUUUUAAAACAGUAUAGCCGACCAAAAUCUUCAAGCAAGCAUCAUUCAAAAGUGAAAAAAAUGUCUAACUUAAAACAUAAGAAUAUUAAUGAUGAAAAUAAUAGUAAAACUGCUGAAAAUAACUUAAGAAGAUCAAGAAUAUCUUCAGAAGAUACAACUAGUGAUUCUAAUGAUUCUUCACCAGAAAAUAACCCAUACUUAGAUUUUAUUAAUAAUGAGUUCAAUGUUUGUUCACGUUUACGAAAUAAAUUUAUAUCAUCAACCAAGAAAAUUCAAGUUACCAAAAUUGAUGUGAAAAAUCUUGAAGAUGAUAUUCAUUUAUGUAAUAUGAAACAAAUAAUCUUGAAAAAUUGUGAAAAAUGUACAUGUGCCAUGCUGUCGACUAAUCAGAAGUUUGUUGUUGCUGGUAGUAUAGAUUGCAAAAUAUACCUGUGGAAAAGAUCUAAUACUUCGGUGCAUAAUAAAAUUAGUAUCUUUGAUGUGUAUGAAACUGAUCCUAAUAAGAAUACUGACAUUAACUUCAAAAGACCCAGUCCAAAAAUACUUAAUGAAACGUUCGAUAAAAGUACAGCAAAAAUAUUAUAUGGACAUUCAGGUUCUAUAUUUGAACUUGGGCAGAUUCCAAGAAGUAAUAUAUUAAUGUCGGUUUCGGGUGAUGCUUCAAUGAGAGCUUGGGAUAUGGAAACAGGUCAUUGUUUAGAAGUUUUUAAUGGUCAUAACCACAGAAUUUGGUGUCUUGAUAUAUGUAGCACAAGUUUACAAUUAGCAACUGGCUCAUCAGACUCUACUGCUUGUUUGUGGUACAUCAAUUACAAAAAACCAUUACGAUUUUAUAGUGGUCAUAAAGAUGAUGUUUUGUGCUUAAAAUUUCAUCCAAAUCAAUUAUACUUAGCUACUGGAUCAUCUGAUAAAACAGUACGUUUGUUUAAUAUAAUUGAUGCUCAAUGUGUCAGACUCUUAGAAGGACAUGGUGAUUUUGUAAACUGUUUAGAUUUUCAUUUGAUUGAUCCUUGUACUUUAGUAUCAGGGGAUUCUGGAGGUGGUAUUAUUGUAUGGGAUUUGCCAUCAGGCUUGCAAAAAUGGAAAAUUUAUGUUGGGGAAAUUACAGUUGCUGAUGUUAAAUGGUUAUCAAAUACUAUAUUAUUUGCUAGUCUUGCCUCUGGAAUUAUUUUAAAAUGUGAUAUUACAAGAUGCUAUCAAGAAAAAUCUAGAAAAAUACCCGGUUUUAAAACAAAUUAUGGACGUCAAAUAAAUAUGGUGAGAAUAUAUGAUCAAUUUAUAACAAUUGGUUUAUCAGGUGUACCAAGUGUUCCUAAAUUAAAAUGUAAUACAGCUAAAUUAAAAAAAGAAACUCAAAAACAAGAAGCAACUCAAAUAAAUUCAAAUCCUCUUAAACACUUAUUUUUUCCACCCGGAGUAGGAAAAAUGAACACAUCUUUCCCUGCUUAUCAAUUUCUUAAUUCAACGCAGACACCUAAUGUUUACCAACUAAAUACUCAACCAAUGGGUUAUACAACUGCCAUUCCACAACAACAACGUCAGUUAAAUAAAUUAAAUAAUCUGAGACCACCUAGUUUUUCGACAAAUCAACAAUUAUCUCAAAAUAGUUUUAUUAGUAAAUCACCUGAUACCAACAUUCAAAAUACUCAGGAUUCACCUCAACUACAUAAAAAUCUUAAAAAUCCUCAAUCAAAUAAUCAAUUUAAUACUCAUUUAGUAAAUGCUAAUAUACAACAAACAAAUCAACCACAAUAUCGAUUACAUAUAGCAAAUCCACAACAUGCUCAAUCACAAUCUCCUACUGUAUUUAUUUCUCAAAAUUCUCAACUACAUAGUGGGACAAAUGUGCAACAGAUAAAUGUACCAGUACAGUCAUCAUCUAUACUUGUUUCUCAGCAAUCUCAACCUACAACUAGUUUACAGUCAUUAAAUUCUCAACAAAAUACUUCCAAUAUAUUGAUUUCACAAUUUUCACCUCAAGAAAAUAUUAAUAUUCAACAACAGUCUUGUAAAAACUCUUCUUCUAAUAGUUCAUUGCAAAAUAAAAAUAUCCAAAAGUUACUAUCAUCUGAUAUUAAUGUACCAUGUUCCUCACCUUUUGACAAUUCUUUAACACAUCAACAAAAUAUUGUUUUGCCAGACAAACAAAUAAUGUAUUACUCAUCAACAGCAGAAAUUGAUCAUCAACGAUUACGCAAAGCAGUUUUUGCACAAAUAGAACGACAAAAUAAAAAAAAAACUCUCAAUGAUCAAAUAACAUCAAGUAAUACAUUAAAUAGAACAACAUUUAUAUCAGAUGCUACAUCAGUGCAGCCUACUGUUACUUGUACUAUUACUUCUACAUCUGCAUCUAAAAUUGAUUCAACUAGUACACAAACAAUACAGCCACAUCAGUAAAGUUAAUUAUUUUUUGAUUUUGUGUCACACUAAUGAAAUUACUCAGUGUUUAUUUACUUAUUUUUAAUAAUUGUAUAAUUGUUAUAUAGAAAAACCAAAAUAAUUUUUUAAAUUUAAUCUAAAUACUAUAAUGUACCUGAUACAAUUAAUAAAAACUCGUGUAAAAAAUUAAUAGUUGAGUAUAAAACUGUCUUUUAAAUUUAAAUUUAAUUAAAUAUAUUCAAUGUAAGUAAUUAAUUAUAAUUUAUUGUCUAAUAUUUGU